AUGAAUUCGCCUCCUAUAUCCCCUUAUCAUGUUGAUUUUCGAGCAGGAUCUUCCAAAGAGUCACUAUCACCGUCAACCCCUUCUCCAAUGUACCCCAAAUGUAAUUUUCGAUACAAUGACUCACGAACACAAAUGAUAAUCGAAGUUCCGAUGGCCCAACUUAAAAAGUUCCAAAAAGCCGAAGGAACUAUUUCUGUAAAAAGAGAAACUCAACAUUUUUGUGAAACUACAACAAUGCAUGGACCAAAACGGAUAUUCAAAGGAAAACGAAUAUUUACAAAGCUAUUUUGGCUUAUAAUGGUUCUUGGUUCACUUGGACUUUUGAUAUAUCAAUGUUGGAUUCUAUCAGCUUCUUAUCUUUCAAAACCAAUUGUUUCACAAGUUUCAUUCUUAAUACCAGAAGACGGAAUGGAAUUUCCUUCUGUGACUGUCUGCAAUUUCACACCAAUCCGAAAAAGUUAUAUCGAAGCAAUGAAUCGGACAGGAGAUGUGAGUCCAGAUAUGAUAAACUACUUGAUGAAUUGGUUCACUGAAAUUCCAAUUUUACUGGGAAACACGGAUCAACAGAGUUUGAAUAAAGGAAAUGAAGAGUUACGAGAAUAUCAGAGUAUUCAUCCAAACUUCACUGUUGAUCAAUUUUUCAUGGACGCCAGUUUUGAUUGUUCCGAUCUUAUGAAGUUAUGUAGCUUUCAAGGAGAAUCAUUUGAUUGUUGUUCACUUGCAUCGCCAACUUUGACUCCAGUUGGAAAAUGUUUUACAUUGGAUUUGUCGAAAAGUCCAAUGAAUAAACAAACAGAACCAGGAAUUCGUGCAGGACUCUCACUUACAUUGGAUGCAAAUCUUGAUGAACAAUUUGAUAGUUCAACUGGAAUUGAUGCACUUUUACCCAAUUCAUUUGUAAAUGGAUUUCGUUAUUUUGUGCAUCCAAAAGAUACGAUUCCAAAUUUGGCUUCUGAUGAGUAUACAGUUUCUCCAAAUUCUGUAGCUUACUCCGCCAUUUCCAAAUUUCGGUACGUGCUUCUUCCUCCAAAUGAUUGGGGUAAUUGCACUGAAGACUAUCCAUAUGGAAUUCAAUCGAAUCUAUCGUACACAUCGGGAAACUGUCUUUCUCUUUGUAAAGCUAAAUAUUUUAUGAAUCAGUGUGGAUGCACUCCGGCUUUGUACAACAUCGGAAACAACUUUCAAGAAUGUACUCCAUUUGAGACUUACAAUUGUGUCAAUAAUUCACUUAGUUUGCUAAACGAAGAAACGGGUAAAAUGGAGUUCCAGCCUCCAAGUUGUACUCGUUGUGGACAACAGUGUGAUAGUCAAGUAUAUCGAGCAGAUAAUUCAAAUGGAAAUCAAUUUUCUGCUGGAGCAUUUAAUUAUUUUAAUUCAAAGAACUCAAGUUGGUCGGUGGAUUAUAUGAAAUCAAACUUCCAAAUGAUUCGCAUUUUCUAUCGUGAUAUGUCUUAUACAGAGUAUAAUCAAGUACAAGAUGCAUCAAUUACUGAUCUUCUUAGUGCAAUUGGUGGAAAUAUGGGAAUGUUCUUGGGAGGAUCAGUUAUCACAAUUGUUGAAUUAUUUUUGUUCUUUUCAAAAGUUUUUUGGAUUGGUUUCUCGAAAACACGACGCAAUUAUUUAUAUUCAAAGAGAGCAAACGAGAAGGCUCAUAAAAAAGAAGUGGUUGAAACAGUAGAAAAGAUGAAGGUUAUCGCUUCUCAAGGAAAUUUAACAUCCCUUUCCGAUGCCACGUGUGCAACUCCACCCCUCAAGCUUUCAAGUCCCAACAAAAAAGUCGAAUUUCGAAUUAACUUUGAGGAUUUGGCAAGCCAAUUGGAUUUUGACUCUAGUGAAUGCAAAGGAAAAUCCGAAAAAUCGUCAAAUUUACAAAAAUAUUAG